AUGUCCCUCGAAAGCUCAGAAACGUCCGACACGUCCGGUAGCUCUUCCAGCGCAGCCACGCCUGGCGGAACUGUCGGACUGUCCGAUGCUCGCUAUUCUUCUGCUCGCCGUAAGAUGCUUGACUUGAUCAACAGACUUCACGCUACUGGAGUUCAAGCUGACGUAGAUCUGCCUCUGAUAUCCGUCAUCGGCUCACAAAGUGCGGGGAAGUCUUCGCUCAUUGAGUUCAUUUCAGGGAUAAAGCUCCCUCGUGCCAGCGGUACUUGCACGCGCGAAGUGUCGGCUGUCAUCAUCGAUGAUCCCUGGCACUGCAUUGUAUCGUUGCGCUUCACUGCCGACGAGCGCGGCCAAACUCUCGGGCAGGCUCGCAAUGAGCAGUUCGGAGGCAUUAUCAAGGACAAGUCUCACGUGGAAGAACGAAUUCGCCGCGCCCAACGCGCAAUUUUGAACCCUAGCACGCCGUCCACUCAGUUCCUCGAGGGCCCAGACGAAGAUCCCGCAUUUAGAGAGAUCAUGUUCUCUAGCAAUUGUAUCUCUUUGCAGAUAAGUGGCCGCGAUGUCGCUGAUCUGUCGUUCUGUGACCUUCCUGGCAUGAUCGCUUCUGGGACAGACAAGAAGAUCAUCGAGAAUUUAGUCGUUUCAUACAUCGACCGACCUAGCUGCAUCAUCUUGGUAGCUGUUGCAUGUGAAUGUCAGUGCCCGGGCUUCGACUUAGCCCAAAAGUAUGAUCCCGACGGCAAGCGAACAAUAGGUGUCCUCACUAAGCCAGAUCGCAUUCCAGCCGGUGAAGAGGAAAGUUGGCUUCGUUUCAUCCGCAACGAUUUCAAAACCCUCGAAAAUGGUUGGUUUAGCGUCAAGCAACCGGACACGAUUGCCCUGCAAAAGGGUAUCACCUGGGAAGAGGCGCACUAUGCUUAUCAGCAGCGGUUGGGUACGGUGAACCUCACGGAGCGGCUGAGUAGCCUUCUGUCAAGCCUCAUUGCGAAAAGGCUCCCCGAGCUCCAGGACGAGCUGCAGAAACUCAUCCAGAAGACGGAAGAAAAUUUAUAUUUGCUUCCAAAGGCGCCAUCCCAGGAUGCUUUUACUGAGAUUGUUCAUCUUCUGGCUGGUUUUGCGCGGGAUCUUGCUAUCUGCUUGGAGGGGACGCCGAACGAGGACGGCCUCCUGCAACAGAUUCGUUCUCAUCACGCUGCUUUCAAGAGAGCCAUUCGCUCAACUGCUCCCGGAUUUAGAGCCACACUGCCUCCUGUGCCAGGCACAACAGACUUCGCCAAGAUUCUGUACGGCAAGAAGACCGGGGACUCGAGUGAAGAGCGCUCCAAAAGUCUUGCAUUCCUCGCUAACGAGGAAGACAAGGAGAUGGUGGGCCUCAGCGACCAGCGUCCGAUCUAUAUUGAUGAGGUCAUGCAGCGGGCUAACCAGGCUAUAACAAGAGAACUACCGGAUCACUAUCCAUUUAUCGUCGCGAAUGAGUAUAUCGCUUCUAUCAUCAACAAAUGGCAAUUCCCCGCGGAGAAGCUGUAUCAGGCGGUAUACCAGUGUCUACUACAACGCGUAAAGGCCUUGACGGAGAAGCACUUCGGGAAGUUCUCCCAGGGCGGCUUGCACUCUCACGUCAGUCUCCUCGUGGCUGAUUACCUGAAAAAUUGUGGCGAGGAGACGCGAUACGGUAUCUCUUGGCUGCUUAACCUUGAGAGACGGCCACGUACCCUCAAUGACCACUACUAUACCGACUACCGUGACAAGUUUCUUGCACAUUACAAAGGUUGCAGGCACGCCAACACGCAUGACUCGCUCAUACAAAGCCUCACGGCUUACGAUUCUGGUGCACUGUCCAGUAAAAGUACGACGAAGAUUUUGUCCGGUCUGAAGGAGAUUAACAUCUCGGCCAAGGCGACUGAUCUCCCAAAGCUGCUGCCCUCAGACCCAUACGAGCCCGCACUGCAUAUCAUGGCCACCGUACGCGCGUACUUUCAAGUCGCUUACAAGCGCUUUGUCGACAACAUCCCGAAUGCCAUUGACCAUGAGCUUGUGCUCGGCCUCGCCCGCGAUCGCGGACUCGAGAGCGCGCUACUGCAGGGGCUCGGCAUCACCGGUGCAGACGGCUACGAGCGGUGCAAAGACUUCUUGCGGGAGCCCCCGCAGGUCGUUGCACGUCGUGAGGAGCUGCAGAAGCGAUUGGAGCGGCUCGACUCCGCGAAGAGAGAGCUGAUGGAGACGUGGAUGUGA